AGUUGGCGAAAGAUGAGAGGUUUUCUUUGUUUAGUAUCGACGCUCGCUUUGGGGCUAUUGGUCGGGGCAAGAGAUAUUCCUAAGGAAUCUUCUCUGCAAGAAACUGAAUGGAACAAGUUUGCUCCCGCAUGUACAGUGAACAUCAAUUCACAGCUGCCAAGACCUCAGCCUCUGAUUCUUAUACCAGGUACUGAUCAAUUCCGCUACCCGGCUUCGGACGAUCGACUCCUUCAACUAAAUGCUGGAGAAACGCUUGAACUUGCCUGUGGAAAUGGAUUUAACAUAGCUCCGAGCAAAAAUUCCAUCAUCAUAUCCUGUGUCAUCGAUAGUACCUUCAAUUUUGAUAGUGCUAUGUAUCAAUUUAGUGAGUUCUCGUGCACUCGAAAUUUCGCUAGCACUGCUCGACGAACCAACCGCGCAUGCGAGAGGGAUGCCAUAAUCGUUGAAAUCGGUUUCGAUUUAGGCACUCGAUUCCCGAAGAUUUUGGAUGUCUGUCAUAACGAAAUAACAUUUGAGAACCAUUGGGUUAAACAUGAAUUCCACAGACGUCACAAUGGAUUCCAGCAAGGAGUACCGCGGCCUUCCUGGAUACAGGGCAAUUUCUACACUGGAAUUCCUGUUAACACUUUGUAUACCAUGAACCGCCAAAGAGAAACUAUUGCAACGAUCUUGAACUCGCAAGCAUUAGCCGACCAGCUGGUGCAGGAUCUCAGUUCCGGAAUCUACAUGGCUCGCGGUCAUAUCGCAGCACGUGCCGAUUUUAUCUACGGAACGCAACAGAAUGCGACCUUCUGGUUUUUGAACGCUGCCCCUCAAUGGCAGAAUUUCAACGAUGGAAACUGGGCUCGGAUCGAAGACAGCGCCCGUAGCUUUGUUGCCAGCCGGAAUAUCCAGGUUACUGUAUACGGUGGUACGUACGGAGUACACACCCAAACCGAUGCAAAUGGUGAUGAGCAACCGAUUUUCCUGGACUUCGAUCCGAAUGGAACACAACGACUGCCGGCUCCGCUUCUCUACUACAAAAUUUUACAUGAUGAAGUUAACAAGGCGGGAAUCGUGUUGAUCGGAGUCAACGACAUUCAUCUCACUUCGCUGCAGCAUGUCCAGGAGCAGUAUGUUCUGUGCGAGGAUAUCGGGGAUAAGAUAAGCUGGAUUAACUGGGAUCGGAGGAAUCUGGCACGAGGGUAUUCGUACGCGUGUGAGGUGAAUCCAUUCCUCAAGCGAAUAGGGCAUCUAGCUGGACUGGAUAUUCCGAAUUUGUUGAUUUGAAUUACUGUGUUUGUAUGUUCAACCAAGGAAGUAUUAUUAAACAAUUUUUUGGCGAUUUAUUUGAAAUCUGACUUAUAAAGAUGAUACGUUGUUAACUAGACAAGUGACUCCCUAAGUCACCACAACAUUUUUAUUGGUGACAUUGAUCUCGAUUUUAGCGGAACCAAAUGAUCAUAGACCGAGUAGUUAAUUAGACGAUCACGAAA